UAUUAGAGGACUUUUCCAGACCGUAUAUCGGAGAGAUGGCGGAGUUGUGUCCUUUCUCGCCGAGUGAUCGUUAUAGUGGAAGUAGGAAUGGUUUCGUUUGUCCUGUUUGCGAGAAAAACUUCCUGAACCCACUGAAUUUGAGCCAUCACGUCGAAGAGAAGCAUCGCUUGAAGCACCGAGUGAAAUGCGGUGUAUGCGGAUUAGGAUUUGCCAGCGUUAGUGGAUCACUCGAAGGGCACAUCGAACUGUGCGCGGCUUUUCGGAAGAAUACGUUGCACCAGGAUGAUGAUGUCAUAGUUCUCAAGGAGGAACGAAAAGUUGUAGAAACAUUCACGAUUGAAGAUGACACUCCUGAAAGAACGACGAAGAGCGAGCCUACUUCGGAAGAAAGCAGUUCUCAAGAUUCUGGAAUCCCUAUGGAUCUCGAGAGUGAUGAUUCCUCUAGUAACGCAGUUGCUGAAUUGAGUGAUGCUGUUGGUAAUGUGAACCGUCAAGAAGCAAACCAAGUGCCAAUUGACAAACCUGAUGAGCCCCAUGACAAAAGUCAAAAUGAAGCGCGGCCGAGCAGAAGACGUACUCCACUUCGAACCCCCGACCGAAAUUUUGCUUCGGAAACGUGUCGAGAAUGUCUGGCAGAUGUCGCUUGCACAGCAUCUUCCAGCGAAGCAAUCGGAAUCCGAGGUGUCGGGCGCACAAAUGCCAUGUGGUACGAUGUUCACCGGACUUGUGCGAUCUGUCGUAGAUCGAAAAUGUCUUGGAAACACUUCGAAACGCAUUGUAACCCAGGAGCCAUGCGUUGUCCGGUUUGCGUCUCCGAGAAACACUACGAAACCAAGGAGGACUUGCAGUGCCAUUUUAACAUCCAUCACAUGGAAACUUGCCGAGUUGCGUUUCAAGAUAGAUACGUGAACUGGGACGCCAAGGAAUGGUGCAGCCUCUUUCCAUCGUCGUGUCGCAUCUGCGGGCAUUUGGAAGAAUUUUUCGCCAAUUGGUACGAAUUUCAGCGACAUUGGGAAGAGAAGCACGCGGAGAUCAUUGCGGAAUCAAAGCAGGAGGAAAAACAGCCCCGCUCUAUGUCUCGCUAUAGAUGGCAUAGAAGGAAGAUGCGCAAAUGUUAGUUUUGUCGUGCUUCGAGUAUUGUAUUUACGAGGGACGGAGGAAAUAAUUCUCGGGCGAUUGAAACUCCGUGUUAUGAACCGUUGAUGCUUAACUUCAUAUGUGAAUAAUUUUUGGCAGUUCUUGGAAAAUAUAACUGUUCGUGUUCUUGAAUA